GUACUACUACAUAAGACAGGCAAAAGUCUAGUUAAAGAUUCAGUGUCAUUUCCAAGUUUGCUUCGAAAGGAGUACACGCGGAAAGUCACGGAGUGCUUAGAAUUACGAACGAUUGGUUUCGCGGAGAAUAAGAGUCGCUGACAAUCGGUGGCCUCAUUGAACAAACGGAUCUCCUUACGUUCGGAGUGCGAACAGGAAAAAUGGACAUCGGCACAAGAGUAACUAAGACAAACCCUGUGAAACAGGCAAAUAUUAUUAACCGAUUGUUUUUCUGGUGGACGAUGCCAUUGUUUUGGAAAGGAGCCAAAAAGGAUCUACUAGUGACAGAUUUGUACGCCCCCGUAACGAGCAAUAAAUCAAAAGAAUUGGGUGAUGCACUGCAAAGGUAUUCGACAAUAUUUUCAGCGAUAAUUCAUUCAAGAGAUUAUUUAUUUUUUAAUGAUAGCGUUGUGUAAUUAACUUAUUCAUAGACAAAUGAUAGAAUUUAAUAAAAAAGAUAAUUUCUAUUUGAAUAGAUAUUUUAAUUGAAUCUUACAUACAGAGAAUUGCACAAUCUUAUCGUGAUUCUAUCCCAGGAAUGAAAUGGACACAGUAACUUUAGUUAGUAUGAUACACGCUAAAUAACUGCACUGAGAAUAAAGUAUUUUUAUGUCAACUAAAUAAUGUAUUUAGGAAUAAUUGAGAUCCCCCGAGUAUAAAAUAUUUCUUUGCAAAACUAUGAAACAUUUCUCAUUUUAAUAAAUAUUUAAUCAAAAUCAUUCUCUUCAAAACUCUGAGUUUUAGGGCAAAAUUUUACGAAUUUCUAUAGUGCUGAAUAGUUUUAUUCGAAAAUCUUUAAACAAUUCUCUGUAUUACUCCAAGACUUUCUCUGCAUUGUAAGAAUAAUAUUCUGCGUACAAAACACGGUAUUAGUUAAACUGUAGUGCCAUGUAUUGUACCCGAUUCUUGAUUGUUCUUAGAUUAUCGUUGCUAAGAACUAUGACGGUUAGACUUCUUGUAACAAGCCUGCUUGUUUAUAUUGUUCAAUAAAAGAUAUCUCUUCUUUACACGUUCAUACUAAAUAUUUUUCCUAAAACUCUGCCAUACCGUAUUUAUUUAAAUGCAAUGCGAAUUUUAUUAUGAAGUGUGCAAAAGUCCAAGUUUUUCUUCUCACUAUAC